CCGCUGUCUGUCUCUGGUCUGCUCAUUCUCGGCACCGGAAGUUGACAUUCUGGCGUUUCCGGUGUGUUACACAAGCUGCAGCAUGUGAAUCCAGACAGGGAGAGAUGGGGAAACGCAGGGGGUCUGUGGAGGAGAAGGCAGGGAGCAAGCAACCGAGGAAGCGGCCAGCCAAGCAGAGAAGGGGAAGCCAAGCUAGGGCUGCAGAGACUGCAGCAGAAUGCAAAACAGACGAGGAAGAGAUGGGGAAGCAAAAGGGAUCUGCGGAUGCAAAGACAGGGACCAAAAAGUCAAAGAACCUGCCUGCCAAGAGAAGGAGAGGAAGCCAAGCCAAGGUUACAGAACAAGGGGAUGGCAAGGACGACAUGCAUGAAGAUGGAAAGGUCCCAGCUAAAAAAAGUAAACCCACAGCACCAGGUGUGCGAAACACUAAAAAGACUGUUAAAGCCUGUGUGGCGGAGACAUCCCCUGCAGUGUGCCCCAGAAAAAAACCUUCCAAGCCAAAGAAACCAACUGAACUAAAAAAAGAGGAGACAGAGGAAGAAAUUAGGGAUCUCCUAAAUCUAGAGAGGAUUAUUCCUGAAGCAACUGUAAAAAAAGGCAGUGAUUAUGAGGAUUCUGAAGAAGAGAGUGAGGAUGACUGGGAGGAUGUAGAAGAACUCAAUGGGCCUGCAGUGGAGGAUCUUCAAGCCACUACAUCUUUGGAAACUGAUCUUCCUGCUGAGCCGGUGGAGAUUGAAAUUGAGACAGCAGAAGCAGCCAGGAAACGAUUAAGGAGAGAGAAAAGGAAGGCAGAAUUUGCAGCAUACCUUCGUAGGAUGAUGAAUCGAUUCAGUAAGGAGCUUCGGGAAGAUACCCACAAGGUUCAUUUGCUUUGCUUGUUGGGCAAUGGUUUCCAUCGCAGUAACACGUGUAGCAUGCCUGACUUGUUGGCUGUGGCCCUUUCUGUAGUUCCAGCAAAGUUUACCUCUCCUGCCUCUUUGAAUUUGUCAUAUCUGACCAAUCUGUUGAACUGGUUUACUGGAACCUUCACCUUAAAUCCAGAGAUGUCUGUGGACGACAAAGAACCCCUUUCCGGUACUCUGGAAAGGAGAUUUGGGGUCUAUGGAAUCAGAGAUGAAGAGGAGAUGGUUCAUAUUUUUCUCAUUAUUCUUCGAGCAUUGAAACUUGUGAGUCGUCUGGUGUUGUCUCUGCAACCUGUCCCAUUUAAGGAACCUCCUGCGAAGACUAAAUGCACCAAUGACAAAUCUGCCAAGGUCUCCAAGAAAGCCUGUUCAACCCAAAAAUCUCCAAAAGGGAAAUUAAAGACAAACCCCAAGAAGAAAAAUGAGAAAAAGAUAAAACAAGAGGCCACUCUAUCUGGAGAUAGUGACGUGGGGGAGAAUGAGAAGCCAGCAGACAUCACUCCAGUUAGCAGACGUGCUCUUAAAACCGAGAACAAGAGUAACUUAAAGGUUGAUAACGAGAAAGAGACUAAACCAGGACCUCGUCCCAAAAACCAGCUCAGGAGGAGUGCUGCUUCCAAAGUGACCUACAAGGAGGAGAGUGAGAGUGGAGCAGGAAGCAGUGAUUCAGACUUCUCUUUCUCAGACAGUGAGAGUGAUUACUCUGACUUUGUGGACACGUCAUUUGAAAAAAAGGUCAGAAGAGUCUCCGCAAUGGUAAAGGCAAAGUCCACAAAGGGUGAGGAGAGCAACCCAGUGAGUACUAGUAACACUGAUAAAUCCACAUCUAAAAGUUCCCCCAAAAAUACCAAUAACAAGAGAAGAGGCAAGAUUAUCUCCACCGAUGAGGAGGAAGAGGAGCAAACUACAGCCUCAAACCUAGGUAGUGAUCAAUGGGUGGAGGUUUAUUUUGAGAAUGAUGGCAAGUGGGUGUGUGUAGAUUGUGUUAAUAAGACUGUGGGAAAACCUCAGUUGUGUUACAAGAGUGCCACCAAACCGGUCACAUACGUGGUGGCCAUAGACAAUGAUGGAUGCGUGAAAGAUGUGACAAGACGGUAUGACGCACAGUGGAUGACAAGUACCAGGAAACGGCGCAUUGAUGAAGAGUGGUGGGAGGAGACUUUGAUGCCAUAUAAAAGUCCAAACUCUGAGCGAGAGGAGAAAGAAGAUGCACAGUUUGAAGCAAAAUUACUGGAGCAGCCUCUGCCAAAAUCUAUAACGGAGUACAAGAACCACCCGCUGUAUGUUCUGAAAAGGCACUUGCUCAAGUAUGAAGCCAUAUACCCAGAGACAGCCGCCAUCUUGGGCUACUGCCGAGGUGAAGCUGUAUAUGCAAGGUCCUGUGUCCACACCCUGCAUUCAAGAGACACCUGGUUGAAAGAAGCACGCGUUGUGAGGCUUGGAGAGGUACCAGCUAAGAUGGUGAAAGGACAGUCAAAUCGUGCAAGGAAAGCACGCCUGGCAGAUCCGGAGAAGAAGGAUAGCCCAGACCUUGCUCUGUACGGUCCCUGGCAGACUGAGGAUUACCAGCCCCCUGUAGCUGAAGGCGGGAAGGUUCCACGUAACGAGUUUGGGAAUGUGUAUCUAUUUAAACCUAGCAUGUUGCCCAUUGGCUGCACACACCUACAAGUGCCAAACCUCAACAGAGUGGCCAGGAAGCUGGACAUCGACUGUGUUCCUGCAAUCACCGGCUUUGACUUUCAUUGUGGCUUUUCGCACCCUGUAACUGAUGGUUACAUAGUCUGUGAAGAGCACACGGAUGCCCUGUUGGCUGCCUGGGAUAGUGAUCAGGCAGAGAUGGAAAGGAAACAGAAAGAGAAACGUGAAAAACGAGUACUGGGCAACUGGAAACUGCUCAUAAAGGGACUUCUGAUUAGAGAGCGUCUCAAAGCCCGCUAUGGGAAUAAGGACGUAGAGCAGUCUAGCUCGAAUGCGGUGGACAAAGGAUUCUCUUCUGAUGAGGAAAAUCAAGCAGAGACUGUGGCUCAGGACAUUGCUGUGUCCUGGCCCCAAAACCGCCAAACAGAAGACACUGGAGGAGGAAAAUCGAAACAAAAAAGCAAACGGGAAAAGAAAGGAGAAGCAAAGCAUUUGUUCCCAUUUGAAAAGAUGUGACAUUUCUCAGGAUCGCAGGCAUGGAGAAACUGCUGCCCUAACGGUGGGUGCACUGCAAUGAAAUCAACAGUUCAUGUUUGGUAAUCAUAGUAUUAUCAGCCAACCACACUAGAAGAGGAGGAUCCUUACAUUAAGCAUGGCAGUCCUCUCGAUCUGCAGGUCAUGUUUCUUUUUACACCAUGCCAUCUGAAUGGCCAGUACAUGCUUACAUUUUCAGAUGUAAUGAGAUGUGUCUAGUUUCCAGCCUAGCUGUAGAUCCUGCACCUAUUUCACAGAAUGCUUUGCUUAAAAGGCAGAUGGGAGGAAGUCAACCGAGACCUAACUGUGUGCACAGGACAUCUAGCAUUGCCCUGCUCCUCCCAAGCUGGAACCCGCGGUCGUAUAAAUAUGUAAUCUGUGAAUACAUAAUGUAAAGAUGACAUGAUCUGCAGGUGUCUGUUAUGAUAUCCAAAGUUGCUGCUUAGUCCACUAGAUGGCAUUUUUUUUCAAAUUGUUUUUCAGUUGAUAAACAUUAACAGGAGGACUUAUAAUUAGUAAUAAUUUUGUACUGUAUUUUCUAAUUCUUAAUAAAACACAAGUUGUAGAA